AUGCCGCGAGACUUUACAUAUCUCGACCUGGCCGGUGACUGGAAAUCACUGAUUGGCUCACGAGUGAUUGACAACAACAAUAAGCGUGGCGACUGCGAGCGUUAUAUAGCCGAGCCUUGUUCGCCCGCCGGCCCCUUCAGCGACCCGCCCAGCGCGGCCACUUUCACCUUCUUUCAGCCCGCCCUUUCAAUCCCUUCAGACUCUUCAGAUCCGAUGGACUCGAUGCCCGUCUCUUUUCCCAGCUUGCUCACGAUGGACUUGAUCACCGCGCCGCGCCCGGCAUCGCCGACUGAGUCGGUCACGGACUCAUCCGAUAGCGACUACAGCCCGCCGCAAACCCCGGUCGAUCUUGAGCCCAUUCCAUUCCUUACGCACGAAGACAUCAACCUUGGCGACAAGCUACCGCCCCCGCUCCUUGAAACGCGCAGUCUGUCACACGACAACCAUCUUGAUACGUGCAGCGCGCCGCCUGACGACGAGCUAUUCGCUCCCCCGCCGCCGGCAUUCCCUAUCCCGCCUGGACUCAAUGCGACCAGCGCAGCAUGGCUAGCGAUGCUCUUCAGGCGCGAGGCCUACCUCUACCCGUCGCGCGUCGCGGAGACGACCGUAUGCGUGUAUGAUCCGUCCUGGCACGAGGACUCGCUGCGCGGAUACCCGCUCCCGCUCGUAACCGUGACCGGCUGCGCAGAGGACGCGGAGCAGUGGUUCGAGAACGCCGCUGAGUGCGACGAGGGCCCGUGCUGGGAUCACCUCAUGGCGCCCAUGAUUACCAACAACGGGCGUAUGAGCCAGGAGGACGAGGAGCUCUACUACCCUUACCCCAUGCCGGAGACCUCGUUCGAGUACGAGUAUGUGUGCGACGAUGAUGAUGUCGAGGAACCCGAAGUUCCCGACUGCACCGCGUACGAGGCGCGUUGGCGUGGGGCGUCCCUGCAGGAGCUUGAAGAUGAGCUGGCGAAGCAGAAGGUCCUUGUGGAGAUGCAGCGCGUCGGCGCAGAUGGCAUCUUCACAACUUCUGACCUCCCUUUCGUUUAUCGAACACCCUCAUUUGUAUCUGACCCUACGGACACUUACGUUGAUAUUUGUUCAACAUGUACACUAUCUUGCUCAACACUAAAUCACUGGCACUGGGAUGCCAGCGUAUACGCACUACUCAUUACGGUCAAGCUUGUGGUCGUCGCAGUCAGGUCAGGCUGUCCCAAGGAUAAGAUCCAGCGCGCGCAGCACGCUAUUAGCAACGUCUCCACAUCCCUCGCGGUGGAGGUGGACAUGUCGAAUAAUGCGAGAUUAUCUACCCACGCCCUGGGUCUGGCUAUCAUUAGAUGA